UCUUAUCAAAUACUCAUGCUAUUUUCAUCCCUCGCAAAUUAUUUCGUCAAAUUAUACGAGAUAUCGUGCUUCGCGAUUACCAAUAUUGUUCAGUGUUUACGUGAUUCGCAACCGAUGUGGAGUGUCUUAUUAGUAGUUCUAUCUAUAUUAUUGUGUUUCUCUCAAGAAAUAUACUGCACUAGCGACAUGGAUCAGAAAGCUUUAUCAUCCGCUGUCGCAAAGUUUUCAGCUAAAUUUUGCAAUGAAUUGGAGAAAAAUAAUAAUGUUGUAUCAUCCCCACUAUCAGCAGAGUUUGUUCUGGCUCUGUUGACCCUUGGGACCACAGAUGUUGCACACACGGAGCUGCUGACUGUCCUCGGCAUCCCAAAUGAUGAAGCUAUUCGUGAAUCAUUCUCUAAAGUUACAUCUAAAUUGAAGUCACUAAAAGGCAUAACUCUAAAUGUAGCCAAUAAGGUAUAUAUCAUGGAGGGUGCAUAUGACUUACAGUCACCAAUAAAGAGUGAUGCAGUACGCGUGUUUGAUGCAGAGUUGGAAAAGAUCAACUUCAGUAAAUCUGAUGAAUCUGCCAAGAUUAUAAAUACAUGGGUUGAGAACAAGACAAACAAUAAGAUAAAGGACCUGUUAUCACCAGACUCAUUAGAUGGUCUCACUCGUCUGGUUCUUGUCAAUGCACUUUACUUCAAGGGCACUUGGGAGAAACAAUUUGAUUCAAAUAUGACAAAGGAUCAACCUUUCCAUGUGAAUGCUGCGACAUCAGUCAAUGUGCCUAUGAUGUACCAGGAGAACCAAUUUUAUUAUGGAGAAAGUGAAGAGUUACAGGCACAGUUAUUGGCCAUGCCGUAUGUCGGCGAUGAGGCGCGUAUGUUAAUAGUUUUACCGAAAGAGAUUGAGGGCCUGAGUGCAGUCCUGAAAAAGUUAGCAGGAGGUUACAACAUUUUGGAUGAAACAGAAAGGAUGUUCCGCACCAAAGUACAAGUUACUAUCCCUAAGUUUAAGAUUGAAACCGAGAUUGACUUGAAAUCUCUUUUACCUAAGCUGGGAAUUAAACAGAUCUUUGAUGAAGAAAAUUCGGGUUUGACCAAAAUCCUUAAUUCGGGUGAAAAAAUCCAUGUUUCCAAAGCGAUACAAAAAGCUUUCAUCGAGGUGAACGAGGAAGGAGCGGAGGCCGCUGCUGCCACGGCCAUGGUGGUCGCGAUGUGCAUGGCCAUGGUUGGGGAACCACAGGUGCCAAGGUUUGUCGCUGACAGACCUUUCUUGGCCGUUAUACUGGACCAAAAUAGCGUUCCCUAUUUCUACGCAACUUACGCCGGGAAAAAAUAAUACUGUACAAAUUUUAAAUUAAUGUUAUUGAAAAAUAAAACUAUUAUGUGUACAAAUAAUACAACUAGUCGCAUUUAUUUUAUGGUAUUUAUUUCAGAUUCAAGUUAAAAGAUUUGUGCAUUUUAAGCUUUUAUGCGUACUAAUAAAACCUUAUCUAUAUCCAAAGAGUUUAUAACCGGUAUUGAACAAGAAGCCGUUAUACAAACAGUGUAGGUAUACCUAUUAUACAUAUUACCUACCUAUUAUUAUAUCAAUAUAAAUCGUUUGACUGGUCAGUAUUACUAUUACCAGUAGUUGUAGCUCAGAAUUAUUAAUAGUACCACUAACGUAGUUGUAGUUCUUUUAUACAUGCAGUCCGAUUUUAACCAACACCUUGUUAAGAAAAAUGUUUCUUCAUAUGAACUGUUUAUGGUUAUAGGAGCACAAUCUUGGCUUAAAAACUUAAAUGUAAUUAAAUACAUUAUAUUAUUCUGUUGUAAAGGUUACUUCAAAGUUUAUCGAAAAUUUUAUGUCGUCGUUAAGUAUUUUAAGUUUACAAACAUGAUGGUUCGAUCCUAAGAUGAUUGCAUAAAAAAAUUACUUUAAUGUUGUUUAGACGGGUGUCAAGUAAGAUUAAAGUGUGAAAUUCUCUCUCUAUCUGAUUUAUAGUUUAUUUAUUUUUUACAAAAAGAUCUUCAAGUGAAAACGUGAAUCAGUCAGUAAUUUAACUUGGUGCUUAGGUACUAAACAUUAUGGAAAUGAAAAUAUUUAUUUCAUCUUUGUUAAUACUUAAUAGUUUGUGAAUGUUUGGAUUAUAUUUAUUAUGUGUGUCCAACUGUGGUUAUAUAUUUUUAUAUUUGCGUAUUUAAAAGAAAUAAUCUUCCUUAUUUUAUUUUUGUCAUAAACGGAGACCUGUUAGGUAUGUGUAUUUAGACUUUUUAUUGUUUAAUAUAAACAUUUAUUUAAGAA